AUGCUCUUCUUUUCAUAUCGUCCCUGUUCAUCUCUCUCUUUAUGGUUCUCUCCAUUUAAUGAUGGUGCUAGAUCUAUCAAUCUACAAGAGCAGUUGAAGCUACGGCUCAUUUAUGAUGCACAAUGGAUGAAGAACCGAGAGACUGACCGACUUGAUGUUGACAAGAGAGGGCAUGUGCCGAGGCUGCGCCCCGAAGUUGGUGAUGAAGUCCUGGUUUGGGUUGAUUCUACCGGUGACAAAUUCAAGUAUUCGUGGCGUGGACCCUACACUGUAAUGGACUACACUGAUAAAGGUCAAGUUGUCCUUGAAGGAUUGAAGCGUCCUCAAGCUAUAUCUAAUGUGAAGGUUUACCACAGAAAUAAGACUAUUGAUGGCAGCUUGACUAAUAAUAUGGGUGAUGCCCUCCCUAAGGAGCUUCGUAGACUCGAUGGUGUUACUCAGAACGAUUUUUUGAUGACUAAUGGUUCGUUGUAUCAGGUUGUUUCAGUUAACCAUCAUGAAGCUAUCCUAAAAGCGGUAAAGGUGACCAUUGAAGAUUCAGUUUUAAUUUAUAGUGAUGAAGUCUGUGAAUUCGAUAUGAUAUGUACUGAUACUCUUCUAGUCCCAGGGAUUAGAGUGACUAAUGGGACUGUGAGUCUUUCGAGGAUGGCUCGACGGAUGUUGAAUGAUUCCAUAUUGCAGUAG